GAAUCUGCUGUAACCUAGCAUCUUACGUUACCUAGCAUUUCUAUUCAUCAUGGACAUUUUCAUAACUGAGACCUAGUUAUUGGUGGUAUUGUACUUGUUCUUUCUCUAGAAAUCCGUCCGGACUGAGAAAACCGGAGCCGAUUCGAGUUUUAUAAACGAUCUACUGUCAGAAGUUUGUUAAAAUGAGGACUGUUUUAAUGGUGGCAGAGAAACCCUCCUUAGCUCAGUCCAUAGCCAAAAUCCUCUCCAAAGGAACUUGUUCCAGUCGAAAGGGGCUGAAUGGAGCGUGCUCAGUGCACGAAUACACCGGCAGUUUCCAAGGCCAGACCGUCCGCUUUAAGAUGACUUCUGUUUGUGGACAUGUAAUGAGUCUGGAUUUUAUUGGGAAAUACAACAACUGGGACAAGGUGGACCCUGCAGAGCUGUUCAGUAAAGCUCCAACAGAAAAGAAGGAGGCCAAUCCAAAGCUCAACAUGGUGAAGUUUCUCCAGGUUGAGGCCAGAGGCUGCGACUACGUGGUUUUAUGGUUGGACUGUGACAAAGAAGGCGAGAACAUCUGCUUUGAGGUUUUGGAUGCCAUCUUGCCCGUGAUGAACAAAGGGAACGUCGAGGAUCGGAACAUUUAUCGAGCCAAGUUCAGCUCCAUCACGGACACCGACAUCUGGAACGCCAUGAGCCACCUCAGGGAGCCCAACCGGAAUGAAGCUCUGUCCGUCGACGCUCGGCAGGAACUGGAUCUGCGUAUCGGCUGCGCCUUCACCCGGUUCCAGACCAAGUAUUUUCAAGGCAAAUAUGGCAACCUGGACUCUUCCCUGAUCUCUUUUGGACCAUGCCAGACCCCGACACUCGGUUUCUGUGUGGAGCGCCAUGACAAGAUCCAGUCUUUUAAACCAGAAACGUUUUGGAUCCUCCAAGCAAAGGUGUUUAAAGGAAAGGACAGUCCACUGACUCUGGACUGGAACAGGGUCAGAGUCUUCGACAGGGAAGUGGGACAGAUGUUCGUCAAUCUGGCCAAGACAUCCAAGGAGGCCCAGGUGGAGUCGGUGAGUAAGAAGGAGAAGACCAAACAAAGACCUCAGGCUUUGAACACAGUGGAGAUGUUACGAGUGGCCAGUUCUGCUUUAGGCAUGGGUCCCCAGCAUACCAUGCAGAUUGCAGAGCGCCUGUACACACAGGGCUACAUCAGCUACCCUCGUACGGAGACCACCCACUACCCAGAAAACUUUGACCUGAAGGGAACCCUGAAGCAGCAGAUCAACAACCCCAUCUGUGCAGAGGAGGUUAAAACUCUGCUUGCUACGGGGAUAAACCGACCCAGGAAAGGGACUGAUGCAGGAGACCAUCCACCUAUUACACCCAUGCACGCUGCCUCAGAGGCUGAACUGGGAAGUGACGGCUGGCGUCUGUACGAGUACAUCACGCGUCAUUUCAUCGCCACCAUCAGUCAGGACUGCAAGUACCUACAAACUACUAUAGACUUCAGGAUCGGUACAGAGGCCUUUUCCUGUGAUGGGAAAACACUGAUAUCCCCAGGUUACACCUCGGUGAUGCCAUGGCAGGGCAUCCCUCUGCAGGAGGCCAUGCCAGUGUGUGAGCGUGGAGAUGUUUAUACCGUCGAUGAGAUCAAGCUGGUUGAAAGGCAGACUAGCCCACCCGACUAUCUGACUGAGGCUGAACUCAUCACACUCAUGGAGAAACACGGCAUCGGCACAGAUGCCAGCAUCCCUGUCCACAUCAACAACAUCUGCCAGAGAAACUAUGUGACAGUAGAGAACGGACGCAAGCUGAAGCCAACCAACCUCGGCAUAGUUCUGGUACACGGCUACUACAAGACAGAUGCAGAGCUGGUGCUGCCGACCAUACGCAGUGCUGUGGAGAAGCAGCUGAACCUAAUUGCUCUGGGGAAGGCCAACUUCCAGCAGGUUCUGCAGCAUGCUCUGGAUAUCUUCAAGAGGAAGUUUCACUACUUUGUGGAUUCAAUCACCAGUAUGGAUGAGUUAAUGGAGGUCUCCUUUUCACCCAUCGCUGCCACGGGAAAGCCUCUGUCACGCUGUGGAAAAUGCCACCGCUUCAUGAAGUACAUUCAGGCCAAGCCCAGCAGACUCCACUGCUCCCACUGUGACGAGACCUACAGUCUUCCCCAGAACGGAGCCAUCAAGCUGUACAAGGAGCUCCGCUGUCCUCUGGAUGACUUUGAGCUCGUCCUCUGGACCUCUGGAGCCCGGGGCAAAAGCUACCCCCUCUGCCCCUACUGCUUUAGCAACCCACCGUUCAGAGACAUGAAGAAAGGCAUGGGCUGCAACGAGUGCACCCACCCAUCCUGUCAGCAUUCCCUCAACUCUCUGGGCAUCGGGCAGUGUGUGGAGUGUGAUAGUGGCGUCCUGGUGCUGGAUCCGACGUCGGGACCAAAAUGGAGGAUGGCCUGUAACAAGUGCAACGUGGUUGUGCAUUUUUUUGAACAUGCACACAAAGUGCAGGUGGCUCAGGAGAGCUGCAACAUGUGUGACGCGUCUCUGGUUUUGGUGGACUUCAACAAGACUCGGACCCCCCUCCCUGCUGGCGAGACGCAGCACACCGGCUGUGUUUUCUGUGAUCAGGUCUUCCAGGACUUAGUUGAGCUCAAACAUGCCACGAUGAGACAUGCCAUGCACCGAGGGGGGGCUGCAAGGCGAGGAGGGAAGGGCCGAGGCAGGGGGCGCCGUGGCAACCCUAAAAGACCUAAAGACAAAAUGGCUGCCUUGGCAGCGUACUUCGUGUAGUUCCAGUGUCCUGUCUAGUUUAAUGAGAUUAAAAUCUCCAUUAAAAACUUUGCUUAUCAUUGAAA